GCUGCAAUGGCCGUUCACCGCCUCAGGGGGCGCUGCUCAGACACGGUGAGAGAACCGAGGAGCGCAGAGGAAGAAGAGAAGCAGCGGCUGAGACGAUGGCCGGACUCUAUCAAUGGACCCGAGCUGGACUUAAAACAUAAUUUCACGCGCACUGAGCCAUCACCAGUGCCAGAGGGUGGAGCUAACUGGCAGCCAUGAUGGAGGAUGCUGAGCUGGAUCUUUCCCCCGCCCACUCGGAUCAGAACAGCCCCUCGCCCUCCAUCUCCAUCUCCUCCUCGCCCUCGCUGUCUCUUCCCUCCACGCCGUCCUCUUCCUGCGGCCCCCCACAGGCUACUACCCCUCCCCUGGGCGUGAUCAACGAGGGAGUGGCUGAGCUCAGCCUGGUGAUUGAUGCCGAGGUAGCCCAGCGGGCGUGUCAGGAAGUGCUGCAGAAGGUGAAGCUGCGUCAGGUGGAUUCCGACAGCACCUUAUCACAGAGCGAGGAGGGACCAGAUGCGCCGCCGUCCGACCCAGAGGGCCCGGCGCCAGGCUCAGUCAAGAGCGCGCGGCGGCGGCAGAGACACAACCCCUCCAAACAGUCGUGGCUGCUGCGCCUGUUCGAGUCCAAGCUGUUUGACGUCUCCAUGGCGAUCUCCUACCUGCACAACUCUAAGGAGCCUGGCGUGCAGGCCUACAUCGGUAACCGCCUGUUCAGCUUCCCGCACGAGGAGGUCGACUUCUACCUGCCGCAGCUGCUCAACAUGUACAUCCACAUGGACGAGGACGUCGGUGACGCCAUCAAACCCUAUGUGGUGCAUCGUUGCAGGCAGAGCAUCUCCUUCAGCCUGCAGUGCGCCUGGUUGCUCGGCGCUUACUCGUCCGACAUGCACAUUUCCACACAGCGCCACUCCCGGGGAACCAAGCUGAGGAAGCUCAUCCUGUCCGACGAACUGAAGCCCGCCGGGCCGCGGGUCCGCAGGGACCCCCUCGCCCUGACGCCGUUCUGUCCCGCGGCGCCCACCACCGUCAGCCCCGGGUCCCUGGGAGGAGAUCACAGCCUAUCGCCCACAAAGAGGACGCAUCAACGCUCCAAGUCGGACGCCACGGUCAGCAUCAGCCUGAGCAGCAACCUGAAGAGGACGGCGAGCAAUCCGAAGGUGGAAACCAGCCAAGACGAGGACUGCAGCUCCAGCUCCGACAGUCUGGAGUUCGAUUCCUGUCCCCCGGUGCGCCUGGCCCCUCAGAGGGAGUUCAUCAAGUCUCUGAUGGGCAUCGGGAAGCGUCUCGCCACGCUGCCCACCAAAGAGCAGAAGACGCAGCGUUUGAUCUCCGAGCUGUCGCUGCUCAACCACAAGCUGCCGGCCCGCGUAUGGCUGCCGACCUCCGCCUUCGACCACCACGUGGUGCGAGUGCCGCACACUCAGGCCGUGGUGCUCAACUCUAAAGACAAGGCGCCGUACCUGAUCUAUGUGGAGGUUCUGGAGUGUGAGAACUUUGAGACGUCCAGCGUUCCCAUUCGGAUCCCAGAGAACCGGAUCAGGAGCACGCGUUCUGUGGAGAACCUGCCAGACUGCGGCAUGACGCCGGAACAGCGAGCCGGCAGCUUCUCGGUCGUUCCAAACUAUGACAACGACGACGAGGCGUGGUCCGUGGACGACAUCGGAGAGCUGCAGGUGGAGCUCCCGGAGACUCACACCAACAGCUGUGAUAACAUCAGCCAGUUCUCGGUGGACAGCAUCACCAGCCUGGAGAGCAAAGAGCCCGUGUUCAUCGCCGCCGGAGACAUCAGGCGGCGUCUCUCAGAGCAGCUCGCCCAGGCCCCCACCACCUUCAAACGGGACCCUGAGGACCCGUCGGCGGUGGCGUUGAAGGAGCCGUGGGAGGAGAAAGUCAGGAGGAUCAGGGAGGGCUCUCCGUACGGACACCUGCCCACCUGGAGGCUCCUGUCUGUCAUUGUAAAGUGUGGAGACGACCUGCGGCAGGAGCUGCUCGCUUUCCAGGUGCUGCGGCAGCUGCAGUCGAUCUGGGAGCAGGAGCGCAUGCCGCUGUGGAUCAAGCCGUAUAAGAUCCUGGUGCUGUCGGCGGACAGCGGCAUGAUCGAGCCCGUGGUGAACGCCGUGUCGCUGCACCAGGUGAAGAAGCAGAGUCAGCUGUCGCUGCUCGACUACUUCCUGCAGGAGCACGGCGCGCCCACCACCGAGGCCUUUCUCACGGCGCAGAGGAACUUCGUGCAGAGCUGCGCCGGCUACAGCCUCAUCUGCUACCUGCUGCAGGUCAAAGACAGGCACAACGGGAACAUCCUGCUGGACGCCGAAGGCCACAUCAUCCACAUCGACUUCGGCUUCAUCCUGUCCAGCUCGCCCAGAAACCUCGGCUUUGAGACGUCCGCCUUCAAGCUAACCGCGGAGUUUGUGGACGUGAUGGGCGGGCCUGAUGGCGACAUGUUUAACUACUACAAGAUGCUGAUGCUCCAGGGCCUGAUCGCAGCCAGGAAGCACAUGGAGCGCGUGCUGCAGAUUGUGGAGAUCAUGCAGCAAGGCUCCCAGCUGCCCUGCUUCCACGGCUCGAGCACCAUGCGCGCCCUGAAGGAGCGCUUCCACAUGAGCCUGACGGAGGAGCAGCUGCAGCUGCUCAUCGAUCAGCUGGUGGACGGCUCCAUGAGGUCGCUCACCACCAAACUUUACGACGGCUUCCAGUACCUCACCAACGGCAUCAUGUGACCGCUGCACAGACUGAGGAGCUCUUACGGCUCCGCCCCCCUCCUUUAUUUUAUUCCAGGUUCUUUUUGUUGUCUCGUCUUCUCCAGGAGUUCAGCUUCCUCUUUGUCUCGUUAUGUUUGUCCUCUUCGGUUUUCGUUUUUUUUUUCUCUUCCAUAUGUGGACUGAUUGGUUGCUCCCGGGACUCUGAGCCAAUGAGAGAGCAGCCCACUUUUAGUUGUGACCUGUGAACUGUGAGCAGAGUGGCGCCGUUUCCUGUUUUACCUGCGACGGAGUUUCUUUGAGCCAAUUAAAACCAGUCGCUGUUCACCUUUA